AUGGUUUUAAGAAAAACCCAGGAAAAACAUAAAGUGAGGAAGUGAAAAUAUACAAAUUAACAAAUUCUGCUCUGCAAACCUCUCCAGUAUGUUACUGUAUUCAAGUUAAGGCUAUAUAUGAUGUUUCAAUAAUUAUAACACAUAGAAAAAGAUAUAAAUCCACUUUUUGUUUUCAAACUAAUCAACUCAAACCACAUGUAACAGGAGUAGCUGCACAAUGAUACCUGGAUAUUACUUUCUGGAAUCUCAAGAAAAGAAAAGAAUCGAAAAUUAAGAGUUGGAUACAGCCAAUUUCCAACACAUUACUUUGUCUGCUAUGUCACAAAAUGAUGUAGCACCUUAUGCAACCACACAGUUGUGAGACAGCCAGUGGUUAGUAGACCUAUAGUAUAAUAUCCGGUAUAAUAUCGGCCAUUUGGCCCUGAGAUGGACUGGCAACCUGUCCAGGGGGUACCCCGCCUUUCGCCCGAUGUAAGCUGGGAUCGGCUCCAGCCCCCUGCAACCCUGCACACAGGAUAAACGGUAGAUGAUGGAUGGAUGGAAUAUCGGCCAUUUGAUCAGUUUGAGAAGCAUUUUGCAGGGUGUGGACUCUCAUCACUGAAAACAACUUACUUUUCCAUUCCAUUCUUUUUGGCUUGUGACCACUUAAAGAAAAGUGGCAUCUGAAGACAGCCCCUUGUCAACUUUUAGAUGUAUUUGAGUUAUUAGCAAUUCUAACAAAGAGUGAUUUCCUCUCUAAACUUCUCUGAUGGUUUCAUUUAAAUAAAUGUCUGGGGCUCAGAGAGGUAAAAUUAUAUUUAGAGUAAUGGCGUACUUUCCCCUGCAGAUGGUAGUAUCAUACUGCUAUUUUCACACUGAAUAAAUCACACUGUGCCAUUUACCGCUGAAAGUACAGCGGUGUGAACAAGAGACACCCUGGACUUUGUGGUUGAUCUUCUGGUUAAGAUGAUUUAUGUGCUGCAAGUGCCCAUUCAUCUUCAUCGACUAGAGUUGCCUUUUCUGUGUCAAAACCACCCAAAGUGGUUCUUAAACUGUUGCUCUGCCUCCCUGUGAGAGGCUAAUCUCACCUCCUUUCUUUGUAAACAGCUCACAGAGGAAGGUUCUUAUGCCUUCGUGGCAUCAAGUGGCAUCAAGUGGCAUCAAGUGCCAUUCUGUGGACACCCAUUGAACUAUAAUUUUUUUAAACAACAACUCAGCUUUGUUUCCUGCUGUCUUUACAAGGCUUAUCUCUUUUAUCCAUCAUGGACAAUUAAUCAGUUUUCUCAGAAGAACCAGAGCACUUCAGAGUAUCCUCGUGCUUCUCUCACACCACUUGAAAAGCAGACUAUGUUGACUAUGUUUUUAUCAGAUGGAUAUAAUGUUAAAGAUGAUUUGGUUGCUCAGUGUGCUAAGAUAUGAUGUGCUCAUAGAGUUGCGCUUCAGAGUCCACCAUUGCUUUUUUUGACAUUCUUUUCUUCUUUGUCUGGUUGAUGUUGAUAAAUCCUGGAAAGAGCUGAUGCACAUGUUACAAGAAAGUCACUAUACUUCCUGCUUCAACACUAAAAGUUAACAUUGUUUCAAUCAGUUUCAACAAAGGACCAAUGGGCCUUGUUUUCUAGGCUUUCUAGAGAUGACAGAAAUAAAAUAAAAAAAUCUCUGUGAAUAACUGUUGGUCUAUAAAGUCUAUUGUCUGGCCUACGCUGACCAGCAACCUGUGUGAGGAAUCUCCGAGCCCCAGGAAACCCACAUGGGUGCCGGAAAGGUCUGAGGAAUGCUCUGAGCCCCACUUGGGCUAUAACCUGCAACGGGAGAAUGUCAUGAUAUCACAAAAAGCGUACGUUUGGCGCUGCAUCAUUAUUAUGUAACCCUCAGCACUACUGAGUUAAGGUAGCUACAGUAAUGUCAGUGACUGCAGGUGGCGAAGCCAUAAAACUUCGCAGGGUCAAGCUUUUAAAUGCACAUGUGGCUGGGUGUAGGGGAGAAGUGAUAACGUUCCUUUGAUUUUGAAUCCAAUGAGGGCACUCGGGAUCUCCGGCUGGAGAUGCGGAGAAUAAUUUGACAUAGAUUCCUCUGCAUAGUGGAGGCACUAUCACAGACCACGUGAGGGGAAUAUUCAACGACGGUCCCCGGCAGACCGGCUCAUCUCUGCUGGCACUCCUCUGCUGCUGACAUGGACUCUUGGACACUGUAUUCUCUCAGCUUCCCACAAACGGACGCGGAGAGAGGGCGAUACUCUGUCUGAAUGUAACAUUUUGAUCUUUUUCCGUUGUUCUGUUCUUUUUGUGUUAGAUUUUUUCUUCUUCUCCUUUUUCUCUCCUCCGCAAGUCAAACAGUUAGAGGAGGUAUGGCUUGGCCGUGCAUCAGCAGAGUGUGCUGCCUGGCUCGCUUCUGGAACCAGCUCGACAAAUCGGACCUGUCCGUCCCGCUCACCAUCCAGAACUACUCGGACAUAGCCGAGCAGGAGGUGCGCUCCGUCACCAAACAGGUCUCCGCUUCGGAGCGCGCACCCGGGAAUAACUAUUCGACCCCGGACCCGCGUGCCGGCGGCUCCCCUCAGGGAGGAGGAUCUUUCAGGGCACGGAAGGAGCCCAGUUACAAGCCCCGGGAGGACUACCACCCGCCCGGAGUGCCUUUCCCCACUGUUACCCAGUACAAGCAGGAUUUCAAACCCUGGCCCAUUCCCAGGAAGGAGAACUUCCCUUGGAUUAGUAACGGGGGCAGCAGGGCAGACAGUGUUUCGGACAGCCCGGUGAACAGUUACCACAGCCAGGCACAGCCGGGGGAGAGAGAAGAGAGGAGCAGGGCACAGAGGUGGGGGGAGCAGCAGGGGAUGGAGGAGAGAAAAACCAGCUCAUACAGGCAAGAGUACAGGCCGUGGACGGGGGCGAGACCAGCCAAAAGCGCGAGGAGAAAUCCUCCAACUCAAUACUCCAGCCCAGGGACAGAGGCCAACCAGGUCCCGCGUGAGACCAGCUACCAGGCUGCCUACAAUGGGGAGGGCCAAAGGUCCAUAGGGCUGCAUCAGGGGGAGCACAUCAUCCCGUCUGCCAGCACCAAUAUACAACCUGUUGCUGUCCCCCAGCCCAUCCCCACUUCCCUGCAGGCUGGCAGCUCACACAGUGUCCCGCCUGAGAGGGCCGAAUUAAGUGGAACAACCAAGGGAGAGGAACUGGUGAGGACCAAGCUCUCUCCGAACCCUUCUGCUGUCUUUCAAAGUGGAUCGAGGGUUUUCAACAUCUGACUCCAAUUUCCAGCCAUUCCGCUUUGAUCGGUUUUUGAGGGAUCAACGGGGCAAUGAUUUCAGUCCAUUCCACAACACAAGAAUCUAUGCAAGGGAAUGUAUUGUUGUGAAGCCGGUGAAGCUGCGGCGUCAGUAUCCCAAGUGGAGAAAGAUAGAUAGACAGACGCCCCUCCCUUUUACACUCCUUCCUUCCCCUGUUGCUAUGGAAACAAAUAUGCAUGUAACAAAAUAGUUUUAAAGCAAGCUUUUUUUUGUUUCUUCGUUGUUGCAGUUACAGAUGCACAAGGAACUGGCUGCUCUGCGUGUUUGUGUGUGUGUGAGUUUGUGUGUGCACCUGCUGAUUUGUCCUAUUAUUGUACAUAGUGUUGAGUCUGCUCCAAUAAUGAAUGACUUGGUCGGUCGUUAUGUGUGUAUGCUAUGUUGCCCCUUGAUGUUGCUAGAAAUGCCUGAAAAUAAGUUAUUUAUUUCCUCAAUAUUCAGUUAGUUUGCUAUUUUGAGAAAGUAUUGUUUGGUCUAUUAUUUUGUAAAUCUAUUGUUAAAGAAAAAGAGCAAAUAUAUGAUGUAAUUGAGAUUACAAUAAAAGAAUUAGGUUCUUAACACUUUC